UGCUGGAUCUCUACCAUGGCCAGGUGGCUCUGCAACUAAACCUGGAAAACCCAAAGGAAAGAAAAAGAUUUCUUCGGUUCGCCAGAAGUUUGAUCACCGGUUCCAGCCUCAGAAUCCACUGUCAGGAGCCCAGCAGUUCGUGGCAAAGGAUCCUCAGGAGGAUGAUGAUUUGAAGCUGUGUUCUCACACCAUGAUGCUUCCAACACGUGGCCAGUUAGAAGGAAGGAUGAUCGUCACUGCGUACGAGCAUGGGCUGGACAAUGUCACAGAGGAGGCAGUGACUGCUGUUGUUUAUGCUGUAGAGAACCAUCUUAAGGACAUUCUGACAUCUGUGAUAUCCAGGAGGAAAGCCUAUCGCCUGAGGGAUGGCCAUUUCAAGUAUGCCUUUGGGAGCAAUGUCAACCCUCAGCCCUACCUGAAGAACAGUGUUGUUGCUUAUAACAAUUUAAUUGAGUGCCCUCCAAGCAACACGACACCAUCAGCAGGUCAGAGCCUGACUCCCCAGCCCCCUCCCGACGAUGCUGAGCAGCAGGCAGCACUGCUCCUGGCCUGCUCUGGAGACACCCUACCUGCCUCCCUCCCCCCAGUGAACAUGUACGACCUUUUUGAGGCAUUACAGGUGCACAAAGAAGUUAUUCCUGCGCACACUGUCUAUGCUUUAAACAUUGAAAGAAUUGUCAUGAAGCUCUGGCAUCCAAACCAUGAGGAGCUGCAGCAGGAUAAGAUCCACCGGCAGCGCCUGGCAGCAAAGGAGGGUCUUCUGCUCUGCUAGAGCUGGGCAGCCCUCAGUGUCAGCCCUCAGGUGGCUGCAGCACUGUGCCUUGGACUUGUCAUUUGGAUGCUUCUUACAAACCCAUAUCAGCAUUUCAAGGAUGAUGUAAGUUAUGAGUCAGCUUUUCCUAUGGAAAUAUGACUGAGUUGUGGGACACUUUCUCUGCUUCCCCAGAGUCAUGUGCCAUGGAGUACUUGCAGCAGUCCCACUGAGUUGGAAAGGAGAAACAAGACAUUUGUUUGCGAAGACUGUUUUUAGGAAAAAUAAAUGCAAGAGUGGAAAGAGUUGGUUUUAA